AACAACAUCAGCGUGAGAGGGUUGGCCGAAGAAGAAUACCUAACAAAUACAUUCGCCGCCGCCGCCGCCGUAGUAGCAGAACCACACGACGCGAGCCGCAGCGCCAAACGAGCAACGAGCACACCAGCUUCACCCGUUGCGACCGAGAACUAA